UAUUUAUUUUAGGAAAAAAAUUAUGUACAAAUACAUAUUUUCACAAGAUUUCCAGAUGAUUUUAUUAGGAACUCGUGUCGUGACUGUAGCGACCACUGUUACAGAAUUGCUAAUCGGCCAUUUUUCUAUUCCAGUUCUUGCUUCUGUCGCUGCGAUGGUCGCGGAACAAUUCGAUAUUUUACUGAAACAUUUCUCAUGCGCCAAUUGCCACAAAAAAAAUUAAAGAAGUCCGUCAAUGUUAAGAUCAAUAAUGAUGUCUUAAAGAUUUGAAAUAUUGCUGUUGAUUUUGUUUGAGAGCAUGCGACCGUGGAACUCAGUGGGAAGUUCCUCGGAAGUGUCUUGUGACAGAGCAAUUGCAAUCCGCAAUUGGGCGAGUAGCAUUCCGGAAAGCUUUCAUUCCUGAAGUUCGGACUGAAGUGUGCUCGAGUUUGUUGUUUUUUGGUGUUUUUCUACCCAAAUCUCUCUGACAAUGGAAGCUCCGCCUGAACACUGUCCGGGAGUCGAGAGUCAGGACGCCGGAAAGGCAUCUGCGUGUGCCGGAUGCCCGAAUCAGAACCUCUGCUCCACGGGACAAGCGUCGGCGGCCAAGGAUGCGUACUUGAGUGUGGUCACCGAGCGCCUCCGGGAGGUUCGUCACAAGCUGCUGGUGCUGUCUGGCAAGGGAGGCGUCGGCAAGAGCACCCUGACUUACCUAUUGGCCAGAACAAUGGCGCACAGCCGUCCGGAGCGGAACUUCAGCGUGCUGGACAUCGACAUCUGCGGCCCUUCGCAGCCCAGAGUUUUCGGUGUGGCGGAUGAACAGGUGCACCAGUCCGGCUCGGGAUGGUCGCCUGUGUUCGUGGACGAGAACCUGUCCGUCAUGUCCAUCGGCUUCCUGCUAGGCAGUCCGGACGACGCGAUCAUCUGGCGCGGCCCGAAGAAGAACGGCAUGAUUAAGCAGUUUCUGGGCGACGUCGAUUGGGGAGAGCUGGACUAUCUCGUUGUGGACACUCCGCCGGGAACCUCGGAUGAGCACCUGAGCGCUGUGUCCUUCCUGGAGAACUCGCGCGAGGGAUUGGCGGCGAUUGUCGUCACGACGCCGCAGGAAGUUGCGCUGCUAGACGUUCGGAAGGAGGUGAACUUCUGCCGCAAGCUGAAGAUCCCCAUUGCGGGCGUCGUGGAGAACAUGGCGGGCUUCAUCUGUCCGUCCUGCACGAAGCAGUCCAUAAUCUUCCCGCCGACUUCCGGAGGAGCCGAGAAGAUGGCUCAAGACAUGGGAAUUCCCUUCCUGGGCCGCAUUCCACUCGAUCCCACACUGGCCAAGUGCUGUGACCAGGGAAAGGACUUCCUGGCGGAGCACCCAAGCAGCGCGGCAGUCAAGACAGCCGACGAGGUGACUCAGAAGAUCUUCAGGCACUUCGAGGGAAGCUCCUGAAGACUGUACUUUCCGGGUGAUUGAUUAAAAGGAAUGAAUUUAUUUGUUAUAAAA